UUCCUUCCCCACAGGUACUUCCUUUCUGGCUUUCUGUAGCAGAGAGAAGGUAAAGACCUUGAAAGAAGACACCUGCAGCCCCUUACACAGCGGUAACAAUGCUGCAACGAUGAGAUUAUAGUGACCCCUUCCUGUGUGGCCUCCAUGGGUCCCACUCAACUCAGCACACAGGAUCAUGGGAAGAGGGUGGCAAGUGUAUUUGAGAUGGAGGAGGAAGGGCUUUCGCUCUUCCCUGGCUCAGAGAACCCCCCUGAGCAUGCAGAAAAUCCCCCCCUGAAGCGGAAGAAGGGCCCAGCUCCUAAGAUGCUGGGAAAUGAAGUGUGCAGCGUGUGUGGGGACAAGGCCUCUGGCUUCCACUACAACGUGCUGAGCUGUGAAGGCUGCAAGGGCUUCUUCCGCCGCAGUGUCAUCAAGGGUGCACAGUAUGUCUGCAAGAACGGCGGCAAGUGCGAGAUGGACAUGUACAUGCGCCGCAAGUGUCAGAAGUGCCGGCUGCGCAAGUGCCAGGAGGCAGGGAUGCGGGAGCAGUAUGUUUUGUCUGAAGAACAGAUCCAACUGAAGAAACUGAAGAAGCAGGAAGAUGAUCAGGCUCGGACAGUCGUGGUGCGCCCAAACCCUCCAAAUUCGCCAAGCCCUUCCCACAAACUGACACCUGAACAGUUGAGCAUGAUUAAAAAGCUUGUGGCUGCUCAGCAGCAGUGCAACCAGCGCUCAUUCACAGACAGGCUCAAAGUGACGCCGUGGCCCCAGGUUCCUGACCCGAAUAACCGUGAAGCAAGGCAGCAGCGUUUUGCUCACUUUACAGAACUUGCAAUUAUCUCUGUGCAAGAGAUUGUGGACUUUGCCAAGCAACUACCUGGCUUCCUGGAGCUCACCAGGGAAGAUCAGAUUGCUUUAUUGAAGACAUCUACCAUAGAGGUGAUGUUGCUGGAGACAUCACGGCGCUACAAUCCAGAGAUUGAGAGCAUCACCUUUCUUAAGGACCUAAGCUAUAAUCGGGAUGACUUCGCCAAAGCAGGUCUGCAGUUUGAGUUCAUUAACCCCAUCUUUGAGUUCUCAAAGGGAAUGAAUGAGCUACAGCUCAACGAUGCUGAAUAUGCACUUUUAAUUGCCAUCAACAUUUUCUCUGCAGACCGACCGAAUGUGCAGGACCAGUCCCUGGUGGAGCGGCUGCAGCACACCUAUGUGGAAGCCCUUCAUUCAUACAUUUGCAUCAACAGACCAAAUGACCGCCUGAUGUUUCCACGGAUGUUAAUGAAGUUGGUCAGUCUUCGGACACUAAGUAGUGUCCACUCUGAACAGGUGUUCGCCCUUCGGCUGCAGGACAAGAAACUCCCUCCCCUGCUCUCAGAAAUCUGGGAUGUGCAUGAGUGACUGCAUGCUCCCAGGGCGCUGACAUACCGAUGUAAUGCCAUCUUCAGUCCUUGCUAACGAGAAGCCAGCCUCCCCUCUCCAAAGCACUGGACUCUGGGCUAGGCAGUGCAGGGAGUGAUGAGCCUGGAGUUUCAGUGUUGUCUUGAGACUGUGCAGGAGAGCUGAGGUAGAUCAGAUGGGGGGGGGGUUAGUUUCAAUGUAGUGCCCGUACCCCAAAGUUAUAACGUGAAACAUCUGAAAACGGUAGAAAUGAAGACCUUCCCCCCAGACAUGUACACCUCUUUCUUCAGAGCCUUUCUGUUCUCUAAGCAUGUCCUUGAGGGUUUGCCCAUUGAUCCUCUCCUCUCUUGUUGAUUAUGAAAAUAAAUUUGCAGGAACUUGCCAAACCCUCUCUAUUGAGAGUAACCCAGCUCAAAAGGCUUCUGCAGGGUCCCCAGUGUACCUGGAUCUGAGGAGCUCAGGGAAGUCAAUGUGGAUGUUCUAGGGGUUUCACUGGGUUUCCUAUAAAUAAAAUCUCUUGUAUGUGCUGCCCUUUACAACGAUUCCAAGAGAAGUAGCUGUUAUUUCUUUAUUAUGAGACUUCAUCUCUAGAGCUGCCCUUUCAUUCUGGCCCUCCUUUGGAGAAAGGAUUCCUCUCAUGUGUAGUGCCCUUUGUCUAACAGGAAGGCCCUCUGGGUAGGGAACAUUUGUACAUCAGAAAGAUGUCAGGCAGAAAUCAGUGCAUUUUUUUUUAA